AUGUUCAACGGCACCUCAACCAACGGAGGCAACGCAACAAACGACAACUCCCACAUUCCCAAAGUCGACGACGCUAUCAUCCAGUUCAGCAGACAUUCUGGCCCAUGCAAGCUCUGCAACACCCAACUCUCACCCUUUCAAGACCUCCCCAUCCACUGGCAAAGCUGCUCCAACCAAAACCGCUUAGCCCUCAAAGCAACUCCCUCAAUCUACCUCCAACAAUUCAACCUCGCCGAAUCCGACUUCCACCAUCUCAAGACCCUCCGCAACCCUACCGACGUCAACACCGAAGGUGCCAAGAUCCUCUGGAUACUGCAGAGCAUCGAGCGACUCGGCGAGAACGACUAUCGCGGAGCGCUGGAGAGUCUGUCAGCAGAGGGGUAUGCGGGUUCGGAGUUGAAGAGGGAGAUUAUCGAGAUCGUGCUGGGAAAUCUCAAUCGGAAUGGGAAUGUGUUGAGCACGGUUUUAGCGGUUGAGGAUGCGCUGCACUUUGACUCUGAGAGUAGCAGGCUGAGUUUGAAUGAUCGCACGAGCGAUGUGGGAUUGCUGCCGUAUUGGAAGGUGUAUGAGGUUGAGUUUCUCCGGGCGAAGCUGAGUGGUGGUGGGAAGUUCAAGGAGAUUUAUGAGGAGUUUGUAGGGUGGGAUAGGGUGAAGCGGGAUGCGCUGCCUGGGAAGGGUCCGCUUGGGGUGGCGGUCUGGUUGUUCAAGUUGAAGACGUCUGGUGAUGCUGUCUAA